AUGCGAAUAUGCAAGCAGGUGGGAGAGAGGGGCGUGCAGCUGUCAGGAGGGCAGAAGCAGCGCAUUGCCAUUGCUGCGACAGUGGGAGAGAGGGGCGUGCAGCUGUCAGGAGGGCAGAAGCAGCGCAUUGCCAUUGCCAGAGCCAUCCUGAAAGACCCGGCAGUACUGCUGCUGGACGAGGCCACGUCAGCACUGGAUGCGGAGUCUGAGGUGGCGGUCCAGUCAGCGCUGAACCGCAUCAUGAUUGGCCGCACCACGAUUGUCGUCGCGCACCGCCUCUCCACCAUCUGCCACGCGGACUGCAUUGCUGUGCUGCAGGUGGGGGGAGGGGGGGGUGGACAAGGGAGAGGGAGUGUGUCUGUUGGGUUGAGUAACAGAGUGAUGGGAUGUGACGGAAAUGUUGGGGUUGGGGAUGGGGGGCGGGUGGCAUGGUUGGGCUGGGCUGGUUAG